AUGGUUGGGAUCCGCUUCUUACUAUUUUUUGUUUUUGGGGUCAUUGGGUUGUUCUUCAGUCCAAUGGUUCAAUCGGCCCCGAUUGGAUCCCCGGAUGGUCUUACUCGACAACAGUCUCGCUCGACUAUAAGCCACGGCAUAUCUGCGCGCACAAAUGAUCUGCAGGCGAGAGGCUGGAAAGACAACCUGAGGAAGCUCGAGCAAGCAGCGGGAAAGUCCUCAAAGACACUGGAGGGGAAUCUAAAGAAGAUCGAAGACAUGGCCAACAAAGGGACCAAGGCAGCCCAGGACGCCGCCAACAACCUGGCUCAGACUCUGCCCAAGGACUUCCAAAACAUCGCCGACGGGCUGAAAGGCGCGUCGGUGAAGAAGCUCCAGGAUCUGGGGCGUCUGAACAAGGACAGCUAUAGCAAGUUCGAAAAGAUCGCGAGUCUGUCGGCGGCCAAUCUCAAGCCUUUGAUGGAGGGGCCGCCAGACAAGCUCGAAAAAUUCCUCGAAGCUGUUUCCAUUGACGACCUAGAUGAGCUGUCGCAAACGAGCGGGGAUAUCAAAAACGCGAUCCCGAGAUACGAGAGUCUUUUGAACGACGCGAUGUACCAGGAGACGCGCGAGAAGAAGGUUCACCCCGCCACGGCCAAGAGCCUGGAUGAGCAGGCCACCAAGCUUCAAGGGCUCUUUGACAAUUUCUACAAGAUCGGUAAAAAGAUUACCGAUCAGGAACUCAAAAGCGGGCUCAUCAGGAGACGCCAGGACAGUAUAGUCGUGACGUUCGAAGUGCCGAAGGACUUGGACGAGGUCAAGCUUAACGCAAUGUUUGAUCGUGUUGACAAUCUCAUGAAUAAAUUCAACAACAAGUUGAGCGAUGUCAAGAACGAGUUGGACUGGAUGACUGUUGGUGAGGUGACGGGGAAUCUAAAGAAGCAAUACCAGAAGGGGCAGGUCUUGGGGGAAGUUAACGACGGAAAUGGGUCGACCCUACUACUGGACGAGACUGAUACUGCUGACUGUUGA